CAUACCCUCAAAGCAAAAGAAACAAUUCCCACAUUUCUCCAUUCUUCAGCCCCAAGAGCCAAGCUCCUGAAAACCUGCACGAAAAGCCUAGCAAGCAAUCCUUAUAUAAUUUUCUGACAAGUGAUAAUAUAACCAGCCCCAGAAAAGAAAAAAAAAAUGACUCUGACAAGAAAAGGGGUGUCUCAUCUCUUCCAAUCCACCAACAAAAGUCUCCCUUCCCUCACUUCCUUCUCAGCCUUUCCUUCACACUUCCCUCCCUCUUCCCCUCUCCACCACACCUUCUCUGCUUCAAUGAUGGAGGAGGACAUUGAAAAUGCUGCAUCCUUCAUCUCCAAGUGGGAUCUGGAUUCCUCAUCCAUCCAUAAGGUCACUCCCCUUUUCCAAAAUAACGAGGAUGAGGCCAGCAAGUUCCUGAAAUGCGUCAAGGACCUUCGCAGGGCCAUGCAUUUCUUACUAUCACAACAUUCCGACCCUGAGAAGCUCGCGAUUUGUCAGAAGCUUAUCCAGAUUGCUAUGAGAAGGCUGGAGAAAGAGUUUUACCAGAUCCUGUCAGCAAACUGGGAUCAUCUCAAUCCCGAGUCUGUUUCAGGUCAAUCGUCAUCAGAAGGGUCUUUGAGUAAUGUCGAAGACGAUCAGGCUGAGAUUCGAUGUGAAGAAGAUGAGUUCAUAACUCGUGACGAAUCAGUUCUUGUGAGGCAGCAGAGGAGACUUCCAGGAGUUGGUGGCAUAUCGGACCUCAAGUCCAUAGCCGACUGUAUGAUAACUUGUGGUUAUACCAAAGAGUGUGUCAAGAUUUACCUACUCAUGAGGAAAUCCAUUGUGGAUGAAGGGCUGUACCGGCUAGGAGUUGUGCACUACAAGGCUUCCCAAAUCCAGAGGUUGAAUUCAGAAGCUCUGGAGAACAUGAUCAAGAACUGGCUGAAUGCUGUGAAUCUUGCAGUAAAAAACCUGUUUCUUGGAGAAAAAGUUUUGUGUGGCUAUGUGUUCUCAGAUUAUGAGAGGAUCAGAGAGUUGUGCUUCUCUGAGGUGGUUAAAGAAGCAGCAGCAAAUUUGUUCAGGUUUCCUGAACUCGCAGCCAAGAACAAGAACCUGAAAAAUGACAGAAUCUUCCCUCUGAUGGACAUCUAUGAAGCACUGGUUGAUCUGUGGCCAGAAAUAGAACCCAUUUUCAGUUUCGAAUCCAUCUCCUCUGUAAAACAGCAAGCUCAUUCGUCUCUACUGAAGCUAGGCGAGUCAGUUCGCCAAACUCUAUCCGAGUUUGAAACAGCAAUCCAAAAGGACUCGUCAAAAUCUCAAGUUCCUGGUGGAGGAAUUCAUCCCUUGAACACAUCAGUCAUGGAUUACUUAUCAUCACUGGCGGAUUACAGUAGCAUUCUUUCAGAUAUCAUUGCCGACUCUCUUCCAGAGAGCACCUCGAAGCUGCCAGAAUCUUACUACGAGAGUCCAACAACAACCUCAGUCGAUGCUCCCUCACCAGCGGUGUCAACCCGACUAGCUUGGCUCAUCCUAGUUCUCUUAUGCAAGCUUGACAGGAAAGCAGAACAGUACAAAGACGCGUCCCUUUCAUACCUGUUCCUAGCAAACAACAUGCAGUUCAUCAUCGAGAAGGUCUGCACAACUCGAUUAAGGGUCGUGCUAGGCGAGGAUUGGGUGUUCAAUCAUGCCAAGAAGGCCCAGCAAUAUGCUACCAAAUACGAGACAAUGGCAUGGAAUAAGGUCUUCUCAUUCAUCCCAAGCAAGCCUUUCCCAGAAGAACAAUCACCAGAAGCUGCAGCAGAAUGUUUUCGGAAGUUCAAAGCAGCUUUCGAGGAAUCGCACAGGAAGCAGAUGUCAUGGGUAGUACCGAACAGAAAAUUUAGGGAUGAACUGAAGGUGUCAAUAGCCAAGAAACUCGUACCAGCAUAUCGAGAAUUUUAUGAUAACUAUGUGGUGGGAUCGGGAAAGCUGAGUGGAGAUAGUUUGGAGGUGUUGAUGGUGAAGUUUGGUCCAGAUGAUCUGGAGAACUACCUCUCAGAUCUGUUCCAUGGUGAUUCUUCAUCUGGUAGCUCCUCAUCAAACUCAUCUCGAGGAUGUAUGCCACGAUGAACUAACAGUAAUAGUAUAUGCAGUAAGAAAAUGCAUUGAUGUAUACCAGUUUGACAUAAGAAAAUGUGCAGCAAUGUUAAUUCACAAUAAUUGCAAAGUUUCAAUCUUUCACAUGGCUAGCCCAAUUAUGAUGCUUGUUUCAAUGGAUUUGGCUAAUAUGAAUAAGGGCUGGGAGUUGGGACCCUUUAGAAACAAUGACAUGACUGUAUGUCCAGCACAGAGUAAACUCAUAAAGGUCAACAAAAUAACAGAAUCAUUCAUAGCACAAGUAUAAGUCGAGCAAGAAAGCCAGCCCCGACUAACGUGAAAACUCAAACGAGCAUGUAAGACAAGGAACACAGUUGACUGAGCUAAGUCUCGAGAUGAUCCCACGCGCUAUAGUUUUCAUUUGAUUAAUGGGAUCGGUCUAAUUAGCUCCCCUGCUCCCCAGGCAUAACGAGACAAUCACAUCUCCCCAUUUUUGUUGGCGCACUGUCGAGUUAGGAUCAAGAUAUCGUUCACUUGGAAGCAGAACACACAGUGAUCAGCAAUACCCAUAGAUAGGGCAAAGAUCCAUUCCAUAUGAAGAAAACGACGCCCACAGAGUUCACAAUGCCAGAUAUGAAUGAAGCAAAACCAAAGAAUUGCAGCGGAGAAACAGGAGAUUAUAACCUCAAGAUAGCGGAUAGAUGCCAUAUGUGCGGUUGAAUUUAGGUUCAUAUGAUUCCCAAAUCAGCGUCGUGAGAGCUCUCCCUCCCGCCCGCUCAAACAUUCGUCGAAAACAAGAAGAAAAGAAGAAAAUUUCCAUAGGCAAACAUUAUUUUGCUCGGCAUUGCAGCAAACCCAGUGUACCCCACGAGACAACUGCCACCGGGAGCAUCAAGAAAAGAUGCUGCGAAGUCUCCAAUGGGCCGGGCCCAAUGAUUUUAAUACUUGAACCCUGUUCCUCAAAGCUUUUCCUCCCCCGGCCCGGCCGCAGCAGAAGCCCGAGCCCGACUCAUCAGAUAUGAUCCUAGAUUCUAGGGGUGUGCAAUGGUCCGGGCCGUACCGGACCACACCGGACCGUACCGGACCACACCGGACCAAACUGUUGUUAAGACCGGACCGGACCAGACCGAGUAAAAUGCAAUCCGGUCC